AUGUUCAUUAUUGGCAUAAUUUUUAUUAAUUUCUUCAUAAUUAUUUAAAGAAUUGUUAUUUUAAUUGUAAUUAUCAACAAAUUAAUUUUUUUCUUCCUACUAACUAUUUUAAUUAUUCUGAAAUUAUCCAUUUUAGAAAUUUGUCUUUCUACUUUGAGGAAAAGUUUGAUUUUAUUGUUAUUAUUGUUUUUGUUGUUGAUAAUUAUUUUUCACAUUUUGUUCUUUAUGUUAAUUAAGAUUCUCAAAAUCAAUCUAAUUUAAUUUAUCAUCUUAUCGUUUUAAGUCAUAAUUAAAUCCUUUUUCAUUUUAAUUUUACUUUUAAACCUUAGCUUCAUUAAUAUUAAUUUCUUGUACAUUUAGCUAUUAUAACUUCUCUUUUUGCUUUUGCACUAUUAUUUCUUAUUAAAAUUUGUUUUAUUAUUAAUUUAUUUUUCUACCCUUUUUUAAUUCAUCUAUAUUUUAAGGGUAGAUUAGAAGAUUAUGCUCCGAAUCUGGUCCUAACACUAGCAAUAGCUUGCAAAGAUAAAUGCAAUUUCUAGGAUUGUAAAUUGGAGGUCUGGCAUGCUUGAGUAAUGGUUAUUAUCUAUUCUAUAAAUCACAUUUGAUAAUCUUAAACAAAUAAUCUUAAGGAAAUUCAUUUAACUUAAGUAGUGA